AAGAGAGUUAUGGCCUUAUGGGUCCAAAUCAAAAUCCAAAUCCAAAUGAGUCAGAUGAGCUGAAGAUUAAGCAAAUCUGAAGAAAGCCCAAUUAUGGUGAGGAAAGGUUUCUGCAAAGUGCAAAGCUCCUCUUUCAUCGGCGUCUUUUCCAUACAUAAACACAAAAUAUAAAUGUUUAAAUCCAAACCAACAACAACAAACGUCAACUCACGCCAUUCUUUUCUCUCUUUCUGAGAAUUUUUUUUUAAUUUUUUAAUUUUCCCAACUAUACAUCAUGAUAUUGUUGUUGUUACUCUACCAAUAAAACCCACACACAAAGACCCAUCUGGUCCUGGUCUACUCUUGCUUCACUUGAAUCACUUCACUUCACUGUUUUUUUCUUGGUGAAGAUGGAUUUUGAUCAGACCCGCUUGGUUGGUGACUAUAUCCUGGGACCCAGAAUCGGCUCAGGUUCUUUUGCCGUCGUUUGGCGCUCCAGGCACCGGCAAUCCGGUAGAGAAGUUGCCGUUAAAGAGAUUGACAGGAAAUUGCUUAGUCCAAAAGUCAGUGAGAAUUUGCUUAAAGAAAUUUCCAUUCUUAGCACUAUCGAUCACCCCAACAUUAUCCGCCUUUUCGAGUCCAUCGAGACGGACGAUAGGAUAUUUCUUGUAUUGGAGUAUUGCGAUGGAGGUGAUCUUGCGGCCUAUAUUCAUCGUCAUGGGAAAGUAUCGGAGGCUGUCGCAAGGCACUUUAUGAGGCAAUUGGCUGCUGGGUUGCAAGUGCUUCAAGAAAAACAUCUCAUUCACAGGGACUUGAAACCACAGAACCUACUUUUGUCAUCAAAUGAAGCAACUCCACAAUUGAAGAUAGCGGAUUUUGGAUUUGCCAGGUCCUUGACCCCCCAAGAUUUGGCUGAUACGCUGUGUGGUUCACCAUUGUACAUGGCACCAGAGAUUAUUCAGAAUCAAAAGUAUGAUGCGAAGGCUGACUUGUGGAGUGUUGGAGCAAUUUUGUUUCAGCUGGUGACGGGCAAGCCACCGUUUGAUGGCAAUAGUCAAUAUCAGCUUUUUCAAAACAUUUUGACAUCCACUGAGCUGCAGUUUCCACAUGGUGCUUUAGAGGAGUUACACCCAGAUUGUGUGGAUCUGUGCAAAAGACUUUUACGCCAAAAUCCAGUCAUGAGAUUAACAUUCAAGGAGUUCUUCAAUCACAAGUUCCUAGGGGAGCCAAGUGUAGUGCAUGGAAAAGUUCCUGGCAAUAUGUCUUGCACCAAAAGUGUUCAUGGGUCUAUACCAAAUAUUGCACAUGAUAGAACAAGGAAAUCAGUUGAUGGAAGCCAAUGUUCAUCAUAUCAGCCUGGAGUUGUUGAUUCAUUGGAGUCCAUUGAGAAAGAUUAUGUUCUUGUGAAUUGUCAUUUUGCUUCAAUGGAGAAUCUCUCCUGUUACUCUGAGACAUCCUUGCAAGAUAACUCUGCAACUAGAGUUUCUGUUUGCCCACCAAAGAAGAAUGAUCAAGAUAUAGCAGUUACCAUGCAAACAAAGCAGCAUGUUGCUAGCUCUUUUGGUGGUGCAGAACAUAGUUUAGUCCACAGAUCAGAUCCAUUAGAUACAUCAUGUUCACCAACCAUAUUAAGUGAAGUGAAAGAGCAAUCUAUGCUGCAUCCCUCAAGAAGGCUCCACUUGUUACAUCAGUAUGUACAAGCUGUUGCAGAAGUAGCCCAGGAAAAGUACAAUGCAGGACUAUUUCUGGAAUCAUUUUCCGUUGAGCUUGUUGUUUUGGCCAUAUGGAAGAAAGCUCUUCAAAUAUUCAGCUCCUGGGUGGCCUCAACUGCAGGAAGUAAAUCGCCUGAAAGCAGUUCGGCUAAUGAAUCUACUUCUGUUCAUGGUGGCAUAAGAGACAAAAUAGAUUUUGGCAGGCCUUCGUCUGCCUGCAAGUGGGCAGAGCAAGAAUUUGUUGCUGCAUAUGAUCGUGCAGAGAAGUCAUCACAUCACAUUCAAGAUAUGGAUGGUUGGGCUGUAUAUCAAUGCUUCCUUGUGAUGUUUGUUUUACUUAUCUGCAAUUUAGUCAAAAUAUUUGUCAAAUUUGUUGCAGCUGCUGCUGAGAUGCCUGAUGCCAUGGAAAUAAUAUUCCAGAAGGCUCUAGCUGUUGGGACGAGUGGUGCUGUAGACGAGUAUAUGGAGAACAAGGGUAGUGCAAAAAUCUCAUACUCCAAAGCAAUGGUUCUACUUUCUUUUAUUGUAGAAGAAGCAGCUUCUCUACCUCUGAAACCUCCAUUUAUACUGACUCCUACCAAUGAGAAAAGAAUACAAAGCUACAUAAUCAACUUGCAGUCCCAUCAGUCUCACUUCUAAUAAAGCAGCCGUUCUAUACAACUCCCCUGAAUCCCAUACCAAAUUUACAAAUGGUGUACAGGUAUUUUUAGAAACGACCUUCAUCAAUUACUGGUACAGCCUGGAACUCAAGGUCAGAUUUGACAUGCAAUUUUGAACUUUGCAUGCUGAAGUGGACACAAAGUAAUUGGUUGACAUGACUAGGGAAAUGCUGUGGCGUGUACUGGAUGUAUAGAAUUGUACAUGUCUGACUCUUGGCAUCCAGUGCGAGAUGGCAUCCGUUUAAAGGAUUUUUUUUUUCUUUUUCUAAAUAAACUGUAAAGAACCGUAACUCUGAAUGCUCUGUAACUUAUAAAAACUUUUUCUAUGGCAAGAAAAAAUGUAGUAAAUGUCCA